AUGGAUCCAAAACUGCUGAUUGUCGCCUUAGCAAUUUCUUCUGCGCUGGCGCAUAGAGAUGAAAUCAAGGAGGACACUGACAUCUACGACGAAAACUACGACUAUCAUUACGACGACGAGCCGGACGAUGGGAACUCCGUAAAAAGAAGCAAACAGAUAAACCUAAACGCGACCACGUCGAGACCGGCGACAUAUGAGGUCACAGAAAACGUCGUUGAUAUACCAGACACCAGCACGAGAAUAGGACCGGUGGUUGUAAAUUAUACCACAGCGCGACCUCUCAACAAUGCGGGUGUUUCCAACAAUGCUGCUAAUAAUAUCACUGGUCCAGUUAACUUUAACGGGAACAGUCAAGUCAGUAACCACGGUUUCGUCGAUGAAGCUGACAGUGGAUCCGCGAAACCGAAGAAGAACUCUUUCAGCAUACUCCACGUGAAAGCGGAGUACGAUGAUAAACCGUCGCCACCCAACGCUGACCGUCCAUCUGGUUUUAAGGACUACGUCCUGGGUUUGAAACGCGGCAUCAUCAAUGGAUUGUACAAACUGUUUAAGAAGAAAUAUAGCAAUGAGGACACCUCUCUCUCUACGGACCACCACGAAUCCGUCCAUCACAAAGUUGAAAGUGAAUCUUCUCACGUGAGCAGAUUCGGUCAUUCUUUCAGACAUAACGUGGAUUUUGAGUACGAU